CCAUGCCACUUCCUCCGUCCCUCGAGCGUCCCCGUUCGAUGCAGCGACAAAGCGACAGAGAUAGAGACAGAGACAGUGACAGUGACAGUGACGGAGCACAAAUUUGGGGAUGAGGAGUGGGGAUGGAUGUCUUUGCCCGACAACGUGCGCGCUGCGGAACGGCGGAUGGAGAGGUGAUGCGUGGAAGUGGAGAAGAGUAAUCACGCACUGUACGGAGUACGGAGUACUGCAUGCGAUGCUCCAUGUGUCGGAAUGGUGGCGUCGAAAGGGGGCUGGCUCCAGCCUCCAGGAGCGACCCGAGCUUUUGGGCCUCUGGCUGAUGAUUGUCUUGGUUCCUGCUUCUCUCCCGCCGCACCACAACGACCUUCACAUAUCACGAAUCAAAAUCUUGCGUGCUGACGCGGGGAUCGAGCUCUUUCAAGGCCUCACCGCCGAAGCACCCCUCUCUCCUCUCUCCUCUCCUCCCUCGGACCCUCCCAUCUCUGCCAAUUAUUCCAAUUUCACCCCCAGUCCAGCUGUUUCGUUUCCCAUCCCAUGAUCCCAGGUCCCCCCCUCCCCACCAUUCGCGGGUGCAACCUUCCUCACCAGCGAUCCAGCCGAGCUGCCUACCAACGCACCUCCGCUAAGUCUGUCGAACCCGAACCCCAAUCCUCAGUAAAUUUACAUCCAAGGGCAACUUGUCCGCCAGCUUGGCGAUAGCAUGGGGACGCGGAAGCCACGUUCUGAGGGGACCAUUGUCUCCAAAAAGGCCAAUCC